AUGCAACUCCAACAGCCCCGCUCAGCCCGACUCAGCUCGACUCGGCACGGCACGGCUCGGCUCGGCUCAGCCGCGUUUGUAGUGGAAAAGCGGCAAUAGUGACCCACUUCAAACACUCCCCCAAGGCCUGCGCUGAACUCGAAGAUGUUGAGGACGAGUUGAAUAUUGAACCGAAGCGUUUACAACAGGACGUAAAGACCAGAUGGAGCAGUACGAAAAUGAUGAUCGACAGCCUGGUGCAUUGUAAGCGGGCACUGCAGUCCUAUGCAUCGGAUAGUAACAGCAAUCUGCCAGCCACGUUAAAUGGAAACCAAUGGUCGCUGCUAGAGGAAACGGCGACAGUCCUUAAACCCUUCGAAGAGCUGACAGCCGAGGUCAGUGCAGCUUCCGCCACAGCAGCCGAUGUUAUCCCAUCUGUCCGCGUGCUGACACGCUUUCUGGAGAAUGAGAGCGAAGAACACCGAGGUAUUCAAACCAUGAAGGCCACAUUACUUGAUGCGGUUCACACACGUUUUUACCUUGUGGAAAAGGAACCCCUCUAUGCCGUGGGAACAAUGCUAGAUCCACGCUAUAAAGACAAGUUCUUCACCAAUGCUACCAACCUGGAUCAGGCAAAGGAAGCACGAAAGGUAGAGGUGAUGAAAAUGGACCAAGAACUGAAAACCAUGCCCUCUGGAGAAGGUGUGGCUGAGGCUGAGACAGCAAGACAAACAACAGGAAUGGAGGCUGGAAGCUCAACCAGCAGCCUGGGCAGCUUCUUUGACGAGAUACUGGAGGAGAGCUGCACAGCAGGUCCGUCUGAGGAGCAGCAGAUCACCCCAGGGGCACUGUUUCAGUUGGAGAGCUACCUCAGUGAGCCUCCACUUGGGUGCAAGAGCAAUCCUUUUCACUACUGGAGAGACAAUCAGGCUCGACUACCCACCCUGGCAGCAACAGCAGCCAAGUUCCUCAGUGCUCCUUGCACCAGCGUUGAGAGUGAGAGGCUUUUUAGCACAGUCUCACUCAUCAUUGAUGAACACAGGAGCAGGCUGACACCUGAGCAUCUUGAAAUGCUUGUCUUUGUAAAAAAGAAUUUCCCCAGCAUGCUCGGACUGCAGUCAGGGCAAACAGUUGAAGGGAGUGUGUAGAUGAAAAUGGAGCAACAAAGUGUGGAGGAGAUUGGGGAGUAGAAGGCAUUUUUGUUUUUAAAUAGUUUACAGUAUUAUUUGCACUGAUUUUUAAAGCCUUGGUUUACACUUGUUCAAGAGAAGAGUACUGAUGCUGAGUUAAUAGACUAUAUUAUAGAUACAGAUAAGGUUGUUUAUGUGCUUUGCUUUUUUGAUACAGUUUACAGUCUUAUUUGCACUUUUUACUGACCACUGAUGCCAUUUCUGUUUUUUUAUUUAUAAUGCUGUCUAUUUUGUGUUUAUCCCUGAAUAAACAGGUCAGUUUCUUGUUAUCAACCAUUGUGUAUUAUUCAAACUCACCUAAUUCAGCUGGCUAGCUGUUCUCAAGAGUACUAAAACCCUUUUCAACAUGAGUCUGACAACUAGGUAAGGAAGGUAAAUAACUUUGAACUUUAAUACAUGCUCGGAUAGGCCGGUAUCGUAUCGGCCAGUAUCGGUAUCGGAUCGGAAGUGAAAAAAAAUAUCGGUAUCGGAUCGGAAGUGCAAAAACCUGGAUCGGGACA